UAAAAAUUCAGUCCGAUGUGAUCUGCAUGCUAUAUUGGUUCGGUUUUUGUGUUUCAGUUUAAUAAUUGCUAAAAAAUCUUCAUAUUUGCUUAAAAUUUCUUCGGAAUAGUGUUCAGUUUUCUUCGCUUCAUACUUUUCUUACGUGCAAGAGACAAAGUGCAAAAAACUGAUCAACUGAUAAGUUUACCGUCGCAACAGCUGUUCAGUGAGAAGCAUUCGCGAUAAGCUUCCAUUUAGGUCGAUGGCUUAGCUGAUUGGAACGAUCCAGAUCCACCAUCGCUUAUCAUUCUUCGAUCAUUGCUUACCUUCCACUUCCAAUGGCGUCCGGUUCAGAAGAUCAACGCGUGCAAUGCCAAAGUGAGACACUUCAAUGUCCGAUCUGUAUGAAACAUGUUGACGAUCCUCGACUGUGUGCCCAAUGUUCCAAGAUCUUUUGCUAUAAUUGCAUUCGCCAGUGGUUACAAAAAGCGGAUGACGAGAACGGCAAUCCAUCAUGUCCGUACUGCAGGUGUAUGUGCAGCAUAGACAGUUUCGUGAAAAUUCUAGAGGGCAGUCCACUCUAUCCAUGCAAACCUAUCGCUGAUGGAAGCGGCACAGCUGAUCAGUUGGCUACGGAUGCCGCUGAUAGGAAAGAUCCUGCCAAAAUUCUGCAUCGCUUAGAAAAGCAGCUGCUCGAAACGCAAGGUUUCUUUAAUGAAACCGAUAAACGUGUUACACAAGAGUUGGAAAAGCAGCAUACGCUACUGAAACAAACGAAGGAUAAUCUGAUAAAAACAGUUAAUUUGAUGGUACAACAAGAGCUGAAAGAAAUACAUCAGCAGUUCCAUGCUAAAAUUGCUGAAAUCAAUGCGUGGAGUGAAAUACUUACAAACAAAUUGGACAAACAUCAGUUUGAUAUCUCAUCUGCGAGGGCAACGUUAAUGCAGAGUACUCCCGAGGAGCUCGUAGUUAAGCAAGCGGAAAUUGAAAAGGCUUGUGCAAAGCUUACCGACGGUUUGAAGUCAAUUUCGUUAAACUUAAAGCCACAUAAUUUUAAAAGUAAUCUAAUUCCUGAACCAUCCAGCUGGAAAUUCGCCGUGCACAAAUACUCAUCCAUUAGACAAACGAAUGAAAUUCAGUAUUGUGAUUUUGUCAACGAUGACAUUGGUUCAGUGUGGCGAUUGGAAGUGCAUCCGUGUGGUUAUGAGGAUGCCAAAAACACAUCUCUUAGCAUUUUUCUGCAGCUUUACAAUGGAAUCGAGGGACAUUAUCACUACUCUUUCGAGCUGCUAGGACCGGCAAGGAAUCACUUCUAUGAAGCUGAAGAUUUUUUCGAACUGCGUAAAGGCUGGGGUCAAAAUCAUUUCAUCGAUUUAAAGUCCCUGCAAGAAUCGUUUCUUGUGGACGAUGGAUUUGAACUCAAAUUUUCCGUUCGCGCACUCAACCUUGUCGACAAGUAUGGGAAAAUGAAAAAACGAGCAGAUCUGCUUACGACCGAAGUCGAGCAGCUAAAGAAAAUAGCGUAUCCGGACUGUUUAGACGAAGUGAUUACCAUCCGAAAUGUGGUUGAUGCUGCCAGAACAGCCGUCUGUCUGUACUCCGAUAUUCUGUGUGAUGAUAUCGGUGGCCGAUGGAGGUUGCAAAUCUAUCCAGGAGGGAAUGCUGAAUGCAGAGGUCAAUUUAUUAGCAUUUUUCUUGAAUUCUGUUCUGGCAUUCCCAAUAAGUACGAGUUUACUGUUGCUCUGCUGCACCAGAACGUGAAGAAAAUUAUUAAAAAAUCGCUUGAAUAUAGCAUCCAGCCAUCGCAACCUUAUGGGUGGAAAACAUUUUUAGGCCGUGAAGAGUUAGUUAACAGUGGCUACAUACAGAAGGAUUCACUUUCAAUUCGACUUACUAUCAAGCCACCUAGCGCGACACAUAAGCUUAACUAUCUUCGACAACAUCAGGAACAGCCCAAGGAAUAUGUGCAACCGUCCCGCAAAGAGUCUGUAAUUUCCAACGAUUCCAAGCCCACGACAUCUCAGGAACCACUUGAAUCACGGCUGCGUAAAGCUUCCAUAAGCAUCUAUAAAAACUUGUUCGCCAAAUCGUCUAGCACUGAACAGCAAUGAGUUAGAAUGUAGCAGUGAAUUAUUAUACGAAUAUACAUA